CUACAACACGACCACCACGAUGAGCAGCAGCAACAAAGUCUUGAAACCAGCGCAUCGCUGGCUCUUGCUCAGAGUGGCUUGGGAGGGACGGGAAGAUGACUUGAAUCCGCUGUCGGCGCAUGCGGCGCUGAAGCAAGGGCUGACCACGCUGCACGGACAGGUGGGCGCGAGCACACCUUUUGAUGUUUUUCACGUGGAGGGCGCACUGUGCUACGUGCGCGUUCCAGUGAAUGGACAGGUGAAACUCCAGUCCGCUGCGACUGCCAUGUCCACCUUUGAUGCUUCCCCCAUCACCAUCGAGACCAUCAAGGUGUCCAGCACGCUGCUUGCGCUCACGUAUCAGGACGACCCCUCCGCGGUGUCUGUCACCGUGGACUUGGACGCGGGCUGAGGGACGUGUGGAUAUCCCUUGUGCAAGCGCUGGCGAUCCUCCUCCGAGCAGCCGGCAGCCUCCACCCACCCAACGAGUUCCGUGAUCUUCGUGAGGUGUCGUGAUGGUGGUGGUGGUGGUGGUGGUGGUGGUGGUGACGGUGGUGAUGUGAUAGAGGUGUUGGCGGCGGUGGCAGUGAUGGCAGGUGAGGGAGCGCUUGGGUGUGAAGCUGCACGAGGAAAGGGGUGCGGCGCAUGGAAACAGAAGCAGAAAACGGCAACAACAGCAGUCACGUGUGCGAUGUGCAUUGCACGCGUCAGUUGCACUAUCCCCACCAUCAUUCAUCACCACCACCAUCAUCAUCGCCAUCAUCACCGCCAUGAUGGCCACGGUUACCUGUUCGAGUUCGUUUGGUGCGAGGAAGUCGAGAGCGAGAUCAAAGCGGCGCGUGCGGCAAAACGCCUUCAGCAGCUUGCAGCACACGUUCCAGUCUUCUUCCCUAUAGUGCUGGCAACGAGCGAGGUAUGGUGUGUGCACAGUGUGUGUGUGCGUGUGUGCGUGUGUGUGUGUGUGCGUGUGGGUGUGAGCUCGUGUGUGUGUGUGCGUGUGCGAGCUCGUGUGUGUGUGUGUGUGCAGGAAAGAGAGGGGCAUGGAGAGAGAGAGAGAGAGAGAGAGUGUGUGUGUGUGUGCGUGUAGUGGUGUGUAAUGGACGAUAAUAAGCUAUGCUCCUCUUUGUUGUGUGGGACGGUGGUUACCUCGUGUAGAACUGCAAUAAACUCGCCCAACA